AGCCGCGCGGGGCGGGAGGCGCCGCCGCCGGUAGAAAAUGAGCUUGAAGUCUGAACGCCGAGGAAUCCAUGUGGAUCAGUCGGAGCUGUUGUGCAAGAAGGGCUGUGGUUACUAUGGCAAUCCUGCCUGGCAGGGGUUUUGCUCCAAGUGCUGGAGAGAGGAAUAUCACAAGGCCAGGCAGAAGCAGAUCCAAGAGGACUGGGAGCUGGCGGAGCGGCUCCAACGUGAGGAGGAAGAAGCAUAUGCCAGCAGCCAGAGUACCCAAGGGGCGCAGUCACUGACCUUUUCCAAAUUUGAAGAAAAGAAAACCAAUGAAAAGACUCGAAAGGUGACUACUGUGAAGAAGUUCUUCACUGCCUCUUCCAGAGCAGGAGCUAAAAAGGCAGCUCAAGAGAAAACCAUAAAGCAAGGACAGCUUGGGAGGGAGCGAAAUGCUGAUAACAUUCUCAGGGACUUGAAGGAAAUUUUUACUCCCUCCUGGGAAGUGGCUUCCCCUUCUGAAGAGCUCCAGGAAACGAAGACUCCCAGCCCUUCUAUAAACAGGCAGGCCAGCAUUGAGACAGACCGAGUAUCCAAGGAAUUCAUAGAAUUUCUCAAGACAUAUCAAAAACCCGGACAGGAUAUCUAUAAACAGUGUAAAUUAUUUUUGGACACAAUGAAUCAUAAAAGGGAUUUAAGUAUUGAGGAACAAUCUGAAUGUGCCCAAGACUUCUACCAAAACGUAGCAGAGAAAUUGCAGACCCGUUGGAAAGUGCCCCCAGAAAAGGUUGAGAAGGCAAUGGAUCAGAUUGAAAGGUACAUCAUGACUCGCCAGUAUAAAUAUGUCUUUUGUCCUGAAACAACCGAUGAUGAGAAGAAGGAUCUUGCUGUCCAAAAGAGAAUCAGGGCUUUGCACUGGGUCACUCCACAGAUGUUGUGUGUUCCUGUCAAUGAAGAAAUUCCAGAAGUCUCAGAUAUGGUUGUAAAAGCAAUUACAGAUAUUAUUGAAAUGGAUUCAAAGCGUGUCCCUCGUGAGAAAUUAGCAUGCAUCACCAAGUGCAGCAAGCACAUAUUUAAUGCUAUUAAAAUCACAAAAAAUGAACCUGCUUCUGCUGAUGAUUUCCUUCCAACACUCAUAUACAUUGUUUUGAAGGGAAACCCACCCCGCCUGCAGUCCAACAUCCAGUAUAUAACACGCUUCUGUAAUCCAAGCAGGUUAAUGACAGGAGAAGAUGGCUACUAUUUUACUAAUCUGUGCUGCGCUGUGGCCUUCAUUGAAAAGCUGGAUGCUCAGUCCUUAAAUCUGAGCCAAGAGGAUUUUGAUCGUUACAUGUCUGGCCAGACGUCUCCGAAGAAGCAAGAAUCGGAGAGCUGGUCGCCUGAUACGUGCCUGGGUGUUAAGCAAAUGUAUAAAAACUUAGAUCUCCUGUCUCAGUUGAACGAGAGACAAGAAAGAAUUGUCAGUGAAGCCAAAAAGCUUGAGAAAGACCUGAUAGAUUGGACUGAUGGAAUUACAAAGGAGGUCCAAGAUAUUGUUGAGAAAUACCCAUUAGAAAUAAAACCAAAAAGCCAAGCCUUAGCAGCUAUUGACUCUGAGAAUGUGGAGAAUGACAAGCUGCCCCCACCGCUGCAGCCUCAAGUGUAUGCAGGAUAAAUAGCAGUGUUAACCUGGAAAGGCAUCCUUACCCUCACCUAGUACUAUCUGCUACUUGGAAAGGGAAGUAAAUUCAAGGGUAAAAAUGAAAUGAGUUUAAAUCAGUACAUUUUUAAAGGUACCUUUUUUUUUUGUUAAGUGUAAUAAAUUGUAUUUAUUUUAGUCAAAGUAGAUUUCUAUUAGGUUUUUGUGAGUUUUUGAACUGAACUAAAAUUUUCUACACAAACCAGUGUAAUUUUUAAGCAACACUAGUUCCAUUGCCAUCUUUUUUCCUGAAAGCUUCCUUCUAAGCAUGCACUUACAUUUUUAAUAAUUAGUUUAACAUGAGAAAAUUUCGAGUUCUGGCAGAAACUCGAAAGGUACCAAUGGUAGUCGAAAUUUAUUCUGUAGCUGUAAAAAUGAAAUAUAUAUUGUAAAAUAUGUAAAAUUGUAAAUAGAUUUAAAGUCUGACGUUUCAACUGUGCAUGACAUCUUGUGUAUUAGUGAAAAUGAUAUGGGAAAGUGUUCAUGAUAGCACCUUUCAGCUGAAUCCUUUUGCAGUAUAAAGGCAAGCACACUGUUACUGUUUCAAUAAGCUAUGUGGUAUAAAUGAUGAAUUGCAGUCAGAGAGGAUAUGCUUGUAAUGAUUUGAAAAUUUCACGUUGAUUGUCUUUGAAUUUAAUCCUUAUAAAAAGGAAACAUUACCCAAAAUAUGUUAUUUCUUCAUAUGAGCAUUGAUUCUGCUUUGUCAGUCCACCUGAUAACCGUGAGUGCUGAUAUUGCUUCUGUUGAAGAGAAUGUUAAGCCAGGCUCGGAACAAGAAGUGAGGGGAGAGGAACAGUGUGAGAGUUGGGUAAAAAGUGGCUUCUUUUGUCCACCGGUGGGCUAGGUGAUGGCUUUUUUGGGACAAUCCUGGUAGAUUAGUAAGUUCAUACAAUUAAAGGCUGCUUUUUAGUGGGAGCAUGAGCCAUUGCUCCAAACAGGAAGGUGUAUUUUAAUAUCAUAAAAAUGUGACUCUCUUCAUCUUCGGUGAGCUUUAGCGGAGGAAGUUACCUUGCCAAGUACUGAGCAGCAAGGUAAAUACUGCUUUACGUCACUAAAACUUUUUCUCAGCAUAUGGUGUGUUUGAAACUGAGAGCAAUAGCUCACUCUGCAAAAAGCAACCUCUUGCAAUAGAACUAUUUUUUUAUGCCAGUGAAACAUUUUAUAUAUCAUUUUAAAUCUCUUCCAGUUAAUUUAGUGUGCCAGGUCUUUUUUAUAUACCUAACAUCAUCUAAACAUCUAACAUCGUCUAAAAAUACUUAGCUGAAACAACUCUAAAGCAAUGUUAAGUUCUUAACAUCAGGAGGAAAACACCUACCUCUCUACUAUGUUCCACUGCUUUAAAAACACUGAUAUUUACAUUUGUACUGCAAUAAUUUCA